GUCUCACUUUUACUUUGACCGUGAUACUAACAGGUAGGCUUGUGCGACUCACAGAUUUAUGUUUGUUUAUGUCGACCUGAACGAACUCUUGAAACACCUUUUGUGUUUAUUAAAACAGGAUUACAGGACGCGGAUUUAACACAGAAUAUCUGCCAAAACCUUUAACCAGCAUGUGUCGAUACUGGGAUAUAUCCUUAAUCAUAUGCUUCUCUCUCAUGUUUGUUGGCGUUGAAAACAUGUCAGAUCAAUUGCCUCCACCGAAAGAUCUGAUCUAUACAUGGUCAACACCUUACACAUUGGUUUUGAAAUGGAAAAAACCUGAGGAUCUGGAUCCUACUUGUACAGUAAACUAUACUGUGAUAAUUUUUGAGGGACAGAUAAAACAUACAUAUCAAGUCUUAAACAACUCCUACUCAAUGAAUUUGUCCAAUAAAGAUGGGUUAAACGUCUCUGUUCAUACAAACCCAGGAAAUUGUGGAACCAAAUCAUCAAGCCCACCAAUAAGCUUUGCCAUCCCUCCACCUCCAGUGAUGCUGGUGAGAAACUUGAACUGCAUAUAUUAUUCUGAAGACAAGAUGAAGUUCACUUGGGAUCCUGAUGAUGAUGCCCAAGACCUCAGUUUCUAUUGGUUACAUGGAAACAAAUCAGUUAAAUGCUCCUCAUAUAUAAAUGAGAAUAUGAAGAUCAGAGGAUGCGACAUUAUCAGUGAAGAUUUCAAGAACCAGGCAUUUGAGAUGUUCUAUAUGGCUAUUGGAACUUAUAAGAACGAUACUGUUAUAAACACGUUUAGGAUGUCAGAACCAAAUAAAAACGUGAAACUAAACAAACCUAAAUUUACAAUCAAAAGAAAUGGGAGAAAUCUUUUACUUCAAGCGACCAGAUCAGGCUUUGAAAACUUUGAUGACGGUUGUUUUUCCUACAAUUACACAUAUGUCAAAUGCAAUGAAACGACCUCAGCCAUAGUUACAACAAAUAUUCAUAUUGUGGAGUAUGACCCAAACUGCAAGUACAAAGCCAGAGUGAAGAUGAAUUAUUUAGAGAGAUGUGGUGCAGGGGUGAUUGAAGAAAGUGAUGAAGUGGAAUACGGUGAAGACAGUGAUCCAAAUUUGCCUGUGUUACUGGUCUUUAUUUUCAUCGCUGUCUUCAUUUGCGCUUGUCUGAUAGGGUGUUUUGUGCUACUUCGAAGACAUAAAGAUGAUUUACUCCCAAAAAUUCCAGACCCAUCACAGUUUUUUAAAGAGAAUAUCAACAAUUUCAAAACGAGCUACGCAGCUCCCGGAUUAUAUGAGCCUAAGGAAGAGUCUGUAGUAAGCCUGAGUCUUGAGCCCCAGACGCCACUCCUUCGGGAUCAUGUGCCACGAAUGCAAGAAUUAAAUGUCUAAUCACUGGAAAGUUCAACUGUGGAUUUACACACAUUUACAGUGAAUCAGGGAGGACUCUACACUCAAAACUUGAAGCUGCGGGAAUGUCUGUGCGACAGGAAUGUUUAAACUCUCAUUGUCCCUUCCUGGCAUCAUACGUGAGGACAGCAAUGAACAAGUCCCACUUAACUUUGCAAGCGACUUUGACCCUGCUUGUUUUCAAGGAAUGUAUCGAAGAGAUAAGUGAGGCAAUAAAUGAACUUUCACGGAGAGUCCUGACUGGAACUUAUUUUCCGGGUAUGAGUGUAUCCACUCCAAAUGUACCGAAGCCAAUGGACUACAUACCUGUAAGCUUCAUCCCAUUUCAUGGAGCUCAUAAGAGGAACAUGGCAAAAAAAUGAGAUUUGUGAAAUGUGGAAAAUGUAAUGUAUAAUACACCUUUCCAUGCUUGUUUAUAUAGCCAAGUUUUAUUGAAUGGACUACUGGGUGUUGCUGAACAUAGUUUACAAAAUAAAUAUACAUUUGAAGUCAGAAGUUUAUAUUCACCUUUGCCAAGCAUAUUUAAAUAAGGCCGGACGUUUAUUUGUAGAAAACAUUUCCUGUCCUAUGUCAGAUACUGUGGGUUUGCUUUUCUUUAAGAAUGUGAAAUGUCUUAGUAAUACUAGAGAAAAUUAUUUAUUCCAGCUUUUGUCCACACGUGCACAUGCAAACUGUAGUCUAGCUUUUCAGGGCAGUUUUGGAAUGGUGGGUUCUUGCUGGCAGUCUUUUAGGUUAUGUUUAUAUAGGUGGCUAUGUUUACUGUGGAUGUCAAGAUCCCUUGCUGUUGUACUGGAAUUUAUUUGCACUUUAUACAACAAACUAUGUUUGGAGACAUGUCUAGGAGACAGAGUAAAACACCUUCUGAUGCGUGGAUGCAUAGUCUCAUGGGGUUUAUACCUGCGUACCAUUGUGUGUACAGCAUAUUAGGAAUUGUUUUCUUAAUAUAUUUUUAAGUAUGCCUUAAAAUAGAUCCUCAGGUUCACCUCUAGUUUAUUGCAGUUAGCCUAUCAGAAGCUGAAUAUCUCAAUGCUUGACACACUAUUGACCCUGAUAUUGUCUUUACUUAAACAAAGAAAUUAACAUCACUUAAUAUGUUUUUAGUCCAAAUCAUUUAGCUUAUAAGCGUAUAAAAUCCAUUACACUAAAAAAGUCAAGUGAAAUGAACUAAAAAUUAUCAGUACAUGUUGUAAUGAAUAGCCAUAAUGAAUGCUUUUUCACAGAAUAAGCACUUUGACUACUUAAAUAUUUGUUAGUAAAAUGUCAUAGAGGCUCUUAUAUUAUUGAUGUUGUUUUGUUGUAAAUGAUAAUUUUUUAAAGUCUUCGUUUAGGUGAUCAGUGUUUACUUACAUGAGCCCUGUUCAGCACAUUUUUUUUACUUUUCUCUCCACAGUACUGACAAUUCAUGUCAAAAACACAGUUUUGUGUGUUUAUUCAUUCAAUGAAUUUUGUGUUAUGAUGCCAUUUAUAAAAAGAAACUUGGUGAUGUAGGACAGAGCAAUUGAUACAGUAUACAAAUUAUUUCAAGUUAAAUCAAGUUUACUGAACUUGCUAAAUUAAGUUACAUUUUAAGUCAAAGUACUUUAAAGUUUUUUAAAUUUUAAGUUAAAGUACUUUAAAUUUUAAGUUAAAGUAAGUUAAAGUUUUAGUUCACAUUACUACAUUUUUUAGGGCAGCAAUAUUUUCCCACAAAUGUUUUAAGAAAAUUCAACCUGUCCGGGUUUACAGUGCAUAACUUUCUGGAAUUUGUCAAGGUAUUAAAGCAACAGUUAACAUAGCAUAUGGAAACAUCUGAUCCACUGUGUUUGUGAUGAAGUAAAUCCAAAACACUCUGUACCUGUAUGUAAGCACUUGUUGUAAAAAAUUUCAGACCUGGUUUCACAGACAAGGCUUAGCUAAAACCAAGACUAGGCCUUAGUUGAAUUAAAUAUGUUUAUGCAUACUUAUAAACAUACCUUAGAAAACGAUGCUUCUGGUGUGUAUAGGCAAAUCAUUGGCACUGGCAUACAUUUGCAAGUUGAGACAGCUCAAACAUGAGAUUUAGUCUAGGACUAGCCUUAAGCCUUGUCUGUGAAAUCAAGGCUAAAUGUCCUAAAUGUUUUGCCAAAACUUUACUUUUUUACAGUGGUUUAAAAAUGUUUAAUGGUUUCUACCUGAGAUUGUUUAAUUUUUGACUUCAGCUGUACAAGAAUACUGCUACAAAAAUAAUUUUGUAAAUAAAUGUAAGAGAUUUGUUGUUUUCUAUA